UCUCGCGCAUGGUGGUUGUAAUAUCUACCACAUAACAGCUUUCCUGAAUUAUUAUAAUAAAUACAAAAAAAGCUAUCGCCCUCAUCAAUUUGUAAUCACUGUAUCAGUCUUGAUUAAUGAGUCAGAAGACAGAGAAACCGACACUUUCGGGGCAGAGAAUCAAGACCCGUAAAAGGGACGAGAAAGAAAAGUAUGACCCUGCGAGCUUCAGAGACGCAAUUUUACAAGGCCUAAAUGAAACAGGGACAGAUCUGGAACAGGUAUCUAAAUUUUUAGAUUCUGCGGGGUCAAAAUUAGAUUACAGGCGUUACGGAGAGGUUCUAUUUGAUAUUUUAAUUGCUGGGGGCAUUCUAGCUCCAGGUGGCACGCUCGCGCCCGAUCUUGACCCCUUGAAAACCUGUAGGGCUGAUGUCUGUGUUUUUUCUGCUGAAAAUGAUUUAGGAACACUAAAAAAUCAUGCACAAGUGAUUACGAAGUUGAUCCGGAGAUACAAGUAUUUGGAAAAAACUCUAGAUGAUGAAUUCAAAAAGAUUUUCAUGUUUCUUAAGGGAUUCACCCCUGAACAAAGGUCAAAACUCGGAAAAGUUACAGCUAUUUUACUCUCCGGAGGUCAGCUAGGUCCAACUGUUCUUUCCAAAACACUUCAAGAUCACUUAGUUAAAGAUGGCAUUGCUCUGGAAUUUAUCAUUGAAAUUUUUAAAGUUUGGCUAGAUGAAAAAGACAGCAAUGCUGUGUGGGCUGCUCUUCGUAAAGCUGGAUUAGAUUCUCGGCUUUUAGAAUUUCUUCCAACAAGCAAAAGAUCAAUCGAAUAUUUAAGUUCCAUCUUCAAAUCCCAUGGUUUAACCCAAUUAGCUGAGUAUUUAAAAGCUCAAGAAAAUAAAAGUGUAAAAAAAGAACUCCAUCAACAAGUUGCAGAAUUAUUGACCAGCAACGUUCCUCUGGAUGAAAUCAUAUCAGUUGUGAAAGAGCAAAUGAAAAAGAAUUCAAUACCUGAACAAGAAAUUGCCGUCUUGCUCUGGACGUCAUUGAUGACCAUUGUGGAUUGGAACAAACGCCAAGAACUUGUUCUUGACCAAGCUGUAAAGCAUUUAAGAAAAUACACUCAACUUCUCUCAGCUUUUACUUCCAGUACAAAAGCUGAAAUUGCGCUACUUGUGAAGGUUCAGGAAUAUUGCUACGAUAACAUGGCAUUUAUGAAAGUAUUUGAAAAAAUUCUUGUACUUUUUUACCGAGCCGAUGUAUUGAGUGAAGACGCAAUCCUCAAGUGGUACAAAGAAGCUCAUUCACCAAAAGGGAAAAGCAUAUUUUUGGACCAAACUAGGAAAUUUGUUGAGUGGUUGCAGAAUGCUGAAGAAGAGUCUGAAGAGGAAGAGGAAGAUUAAGAAAGCAAGUUUCUAACUAUCAAAAGAGGAAAAAAAAAAUCUGAUCAACAUUUCAUUUCUAAAACCAAACACUUAUAUACCCGUAAUGGUGCUGCUCCUUUUUUAUUGAAGGUUUUAGCCUUUUAUGAAAACUGAGAUGCACAUGUAGAGUUAUUUUUAUAUGGCAACAAAAUAGUAUUAUGUAAAAUGUUCUGUAAUCAAUAUUAUCUGUAUAAUCAUGGGUUUGGAAUUAUGAUUAGGUUGCAAAAAGUUUUAAUACUUUGGGAAGUAUAUGCAUGGAAAUAUUUAAUUAGAAAUUCUUUUUGUAUUUUACUUAAAUGUUCGUGACAAAACAUUGUUCUUUUUUAUUGAUUUAUAUACGUAUGUGUUUUAUUUAGAAUGUAUCACUGAAAAGUGCUUCAAGGAUGUCCUUUUGUUUCUUCAUAUUACCUUAUUCUUAUGUGUUGUUAACUACUUUGGUAAAAUAAAAUAAUUUAAUUUGAA